GCCGAAAUCAGUGUGACCGUUUUCCACCGUACGAGAACGCAAGAAAUCGGCGUCGCGUGGCUUGGACAGAUUAUCGAACAAAACAAAAUCCGACUAUAGAAUCUUUUAACUUCGUUUACCCUUAAGAGUCCGCGGUGGACCCAACGUAUCGAUGGCCACGGACACGGUGUCCAACGGCGAGAACUUCGCUCAGCACUUGAGCAGCAACAGCGACGACGACGUGAUCUGUCCCACAUGCGACGUGAAGAUCAAGCGCAGUCAGGUGGCCGAUCACUGCCAAGUGGAGAUGGAGCGAUUGCACAAUCCCAUUAGCGCUGUCACUCCACCGAACCCAGCUAGCGGAGCAACCGCGUCCGAGGAAUCCGGUUCGGGAUCGGGGGGUAGACAACCGUGGAGCGUGUUCCAGCGGGUGCAGCGCAAUCGGCAGGCCCGUCAGCGCCAACGCACCAGGAAGCGUCCGGCUUCUCCUGCCCCACCAGCAACUGCAAAUCCUACGACAGCAGCUGCUCCGCCUCCAGCGGCAACAACUCCGUCCGUAGCCGCUGCCGAAUCGAGCCAACCCACCUGUCCCGUGUGCAACCACAACUUUCCGCAGUCCAACAUCCAAGAGCAUGUAAAUCAGUGCCUGCGCCAGAGCCGCCGCAAUGGUCAGGCCAAUGGAGAGCGACAUUCGAGUGAGGACUCGGAGGACAGCGAGGAGUACGAAGAGUACGAGUGGGCGGGACAGAAGCGCAUUCGCGUGUCCACUCUCGUGCAGGGAGGUUAUUCCGCCCUGGGCCUGGGCCAGACGAUCAAAUACAAUGGCAGUCAGCAGGCGCAGGACGACGAGGACGAGGAUCUCAACGUGGACGAGGAUGACACUCACAUCUAUGGUCCUACGCAGUAUGGCGAGGGCGAUGUGAUCCCACUGGUCAACGAGGACACAGGAAAUGUUUCCGAGGCUGAUGUUACCAGCUACGUGCGCCGACUUAUCUCCUCCAGCGAUGGGCCCAAGCCCAACCAUUCCAGCGAAGCCACCGAGCAAGAGACUGCCAGCACCAGUAACGUGGAGGCUCCACCAGCCAGCGAGGAGCCAUCCACGUCGCGUUCCACGCGAUCCACCUCCCAAAACCAGCAGCAAAUCAUCGAAUCGCUGAAGGCCAAGCUGCGGCUCUACGAGAAGCAGGCGCAGGGCAAGUACAAGUGCCUGAUCUGCAUCGACGACUACAAGAAUCCCGCCAUCUCCGUGUCCUGCUGGCACGUCCACUGCGAGCAGUGCUGGCUACAGACGCUCGGCGCGCGAAAGCUGUGCCCGCAGUGCAAUUCGAUCACCACGCCGAAGGACCUGCGACGAAUCUACCUGUAGACGUCCAUCACAGACUUGUUAUCCCCGCUGCCAAAUUGCUUGCGCCAUAAAACAGGCUUUGCAUACCAACGCAGCUGUAGAUGAUAAUCCCCUAUACAUAUUAUUUAUAUAGAUUACAAAUACCGAAUAUAAUACGUGACAUUACAAUAAGCCUACCAUGUAACUAUUACAAUAAACCGCAGAAAACAUAA